CUGCGGGAUGUGAACCUGCACAUCCAAGCCGGCGAAAACGUGGCGUUGGUUGGUUCUACCGGUGCUGGCAAGAGUACGCUGGUGAACCUGUUGCAUCGCUCCGCCGAUGUUACCGACGGCGCAAUUGAAAUAGACGGGUAUGACCUGCGCGACGUGAAGCGAAACUCACUGGUGCAUCAGAUGAGCAUGGUGCUGCAGGAGCCCUACCUGUUUUCCGGUACCGUGCGGGAAAAUAUCAGCUACCUGAACGAACAAGUUACCCGUGAGCAGGUGGUGGAAGCGGCCACGGCGGUGGGAGCCCACGACUUUAUCAUGGAGCUCGAUAACGGAUACGAGUCAGUGCUGGCCGAACGAGGCGUUAACCUGAGCAUCGGGCAACGGCAGCUGAUCAGCUUCGCCCGCGCCAUCGUGAGCAACCCGCGGAUCCUGGUGCUGGACGAGGCGACGGCCAACAUCGACACCCAUACGGAGCUCCUGAUUCAACGGGCGUUGAACCGCAUUUUGCGAGGCCGCACGUCCAUCGUCAUUGCCCACCGGUUGUCCACCAUCCGCAACGCAGAUAAAAUCGUGGUGCUGGAUCGCGGACGGGUGGUCGAGGUGGGCACCCAUGACGAAUUGCUGGAGGCGGGCGGGGCUUACGCUCAGCUUUACGCCAUCAACUACGGCUUGUCCGGCCCCAGCGUGGGUGUUGCGCCAACCGGUGGCGAGGUAAUCGGGGCAGCCGACGACUGA